AUGAGAUGGUAUUUGUACGGAGGCUUCGCGCUGCUGUUGCUGCUGCUGUCGCUGUGGGGCCCCAGUGAGGCGCCAGCUGCAGCAGAAUAUGCAGCAGCAGCAACAGCUGCCAUAUUGUCAACAGCAUGCGUACAGUAUAUGACUACACAAUUCAUCAACAGCUUCAGCCUAAACUUUCUUGUCUUCUUAGCUGCAGCCUCAGAGUGUCUGCAGCAGCAGCAGCAGCAGCAGCAGCAGCAACAGCAGCAGCCGCAGGAGCUGCAGCAAGUGAGCAGCAACAACGCAACUGACGCCCUCAACACCUGCAGCCAACAGCAGCAGCAGCAGCAGCAGCAGCAGCAGCAGCAGCAGCGAGAAGCAUUAUUUGUAGACGAUACUGCAGCUGCUGCUGCUGCUGCAACGCGAGCAGCAGCAGCAGCAGCAGCGCAGCAGCAGCAGCAGCCGAUGGCUAGGGUGUGCCCCAACGCCCGUUAUCCGAGUGCAGCGGUGCCUCCAACCUUCUUGACGGACGCAGAGAACGACGACAGCAGCUGUAGCAGCAGCUGCAGCAGCAGCAGGAGAGGUAGUCUUGCUGCAGCAGCACCUAAUGCAGCAGACAGCAGCCAGCGGUGGAGGCGCUUAGUUCAUAUUUGGGGUGUAUGGGCACCUCUCCGCUCCGUCGGGAGGCGCUUCACCAACACAGCAGCAACAGCAACAGCAACAACAACAAAAGCAGCAGCAGCAGCAACAGCAACAGCAGCAGCAGCAGCAGCACCGUCCGGGUGCAACGUGGAGGAAAGCAGCAGACGAAGCAUCUCUCCACACUUGAGAUUGGCAGCAGAGAGACCAGGUUGCUGCAGCAGCAGGAGGCGCAGCAGCAGCUGCAGCAGGAGGAGCAGCAGUUGCGGCAGCAUCAGCAGCAGACUUGCUAGCAUCAACAACUGCAGCAGCAACAGCAGCAGCAACAGCAACAGCAACGGUCUUCUGAGGCUCCUGCUGCGCCGCGUCGUAUCACCGCGCGGCCCAGCAGCAGCAGCUGCUGCUGCAGCAACUGCAGCUGACAGCAGCAGCAGCAGCAGAGUGCCUUCUCAUAAACGCAGCAGCAGCGCAGGCGAUUGCCGUCUUGGCUCUGCGUGGUGUGACAGCAGCAGCAACUGCAGCAGCAGCAUCUGCAGCAGCUGCAGCAGCAUCUGCAGCAGCAGCUACGGUUCCGUUCAGGACUUCGCUGGCAGCACUUGCUGCUCCGCUGGAGCAGCAGCUGCCGAGGAGCAGCAGCAACAACAACAACAAGAACAGCAGCAGGAGCAGCAACAGCAGCAGCAGCCCAGCAGUUGUCCUGCUGCGCCAGACAAGGAGAGAGGAGCAGCAUAUUGUGCCUCCAAAGAAUCAGCAGCAGCAGCAGCAGCAGCUGUAGAGCAAGCAGCAAAGCCGUACGAGGAGCCAACAGCAGCAGCUGCAGCAGCAGCAGCUGCAGCAGCAGCAGCUGCAGCAGCAGCAGCAGACACAAUGGAAGCAGAAGAAGUAGCUUGUACAGUUCAGGAGGCGGCUGUUGUUGAUGAUAUUUGGAGUUGUCAGCAUCAGCAGGUGCUGCUGCAGCAGCAGGGUUUGCGUAUAUGGCUGCCGCAGCAGCUGCGCUGCGCUUUAGAGCAGCAGCGGCUGAUAGACAUGAUCCGCGGUUUGCUGCAGUCGGGUGCUGCUUCUUUUUAUCUUUCUCGUAUAUUUUGUCUGUCUCUUGGAGACCCCACAGAGACGGAGACAGUAGCUCUCUUAGAAGGCAUGCACCCUGCUGCUGCACAUUUGCUGCUGCAGCGGGGUGUCUCUAGAGCUUUGCCAGCGUCUAUACGCAGACUCUACUUCGGGUCUAAACAGCAGCAGCAGCAGCAGCAGACGAAGCAGCAGCAGCAAAAGCAACAGCAGCAGAAGCAGCACCACAAGCAGCGCCUGCUGCUGCUCCUGCAGCAGCAACCACAGAAGCAACUGACGCACGAAACGAAGCAGCCGAUGCUGAGGCAGCAAGACUUCCAUAGAGACGAGAAGCAGCAGCUGCAGCAGCAGCAGCAGCAACAACAACUGCAGCAACAGCAGCAACAACUGCAGCAGCACCAGCAAGAUUGGCUGCUGCCUCUAGAACCACAUAAGCCGCAUGAAGAAGCAUCUUCGCAGCUGCUGCUGUCUGCUGCUGAUCCUCCGUGGGAUGGUCGCGUUGUUCGGAGGCUGCAUGCAGUUCCUGCUUUGCUGCUGGUGUUUUGGGUGUACAUACACCUGCUGCAGCCUGAGGCAAUGGGGACGCGGCAGCUGCUGCAGUGGCUGCUUGCAGCAAAACGACGACGGCAGCAGCAGCAGCAGCUGCAGCUGCAGCACACGCUGCAGCAACAGCAGCAGGCCAUAGCUCGGAGCAGUAUUGACAGCAGCAGCAGCAGCAGCAGAAUGAGGCCCGACCUCAGUCGGCUAACCCUUUUGAUUUCUCAGCGAAGUCGUACACCAGCGGCAGUAGCAGCAGCAACAACAGCCCCAACUGCUGCUGCUGCUGCUGCAGCUGCUGCUGCUGCUGGGGAGCCAGGGCGUGAUCCUCAUUUGAUAGCGUGUGGAAAGCUGCUGCGGCUGUUUUUGCUGCGGCACCUCUUGCCGUUUGCUGCUGCGGAGCUGUCGGAUAACAGCCUCCCGUUGAAACGGAAGCAGCAACAAGUACAGCAGCAACAGCAGCAGCAGCCGCAGCAGCAACAGCAGCCGCAGCAGCAACAACAAUAG